CUUUUUUCUGACCCCAUACCUCAUGGAAGUGAAGACAUGGAGAUGUUUAGAGAAUGAAAAUUAAGUCUGUCCCCAAGGAUGGAAAAGCUUGUGAUGGGCCUGAGCAGGAUGCGAUGUGGAACUGACAGAAUCCUGAAGAACUAGAGCAAAAGCUGUCUUUGGGUCAUUGAUCAGCAAGAAGGAGGAAUGAGAAGUGGAUAACCAGAGCACUCUACCAGAGACCCUGAAAAACCAGGAGAAAUCCAGGAAGAUCACAAGCACAUGAGAUGCCUCUUCCCUGUCCAUUCCCCAACUCAGUGAGCUUCAGGAUGUCUGUGGCCUUGAAGGUCUGGGGGAUUGUGAAUUGUAUCAUGGGAAGCGCUCCUGAACUGGGUUACAGCAAAGGCAAGAUGGCGGACUGGGACACUAGCAACACCACGCUAGCCCCCUCCCCUCUGCCCAACAUCACCAGCCCGCACCGGUGUUUGCUUCUGCUCUAUGAGGAUAUCGGCAGCUCUCGGGUGCGGUACUGGGACCUCGUGCUGCUAAUCCCCAAUGUGCUGUUCUUCACUUUCCUGCUCUGGAAGCUGCCAUCAGCUCGGGCCAAGAUACGUAUCACCUCCAGCCCCAUCUUUACCACUUUCUAUAUCCUGGUGUUUGUGGUGGCCCUGGUGGGCAUCGCCCGGGCCGUGGUCUCUAUGACAGUCAGUACUUCAGAUGCAGCAACAGUGGCCGAUAAGAUUUUAUGGGAAAUCACUCGCUUCUUCCUUCUGGCCAUUGAACUGAGCGUGAUCAUUCUGGGCCUCGCCUUUGGUCACCUGGAGAGUAAAUCCAGCAUCAAACGCGUCUUGGCCAUCACCACGGUUCUGUCCUUGGCCUACUCCGUCACUCAGGGGACCCUGGAGAUCCUGUACCCGGAUUCCCACCUCUCCGCCGAUGACUUCAAUAUCUAUGGGCACGGUGGCCGCCACUUCUGGCUGGCCAGCUCCUGCUUCUUCUUCCUGGUUUACUCUCUGGUGGUCAUUCUCCCCAAGACGCCCCUGAAAGAUCGGAUCUCGCUGCCAUCCCGGAGGAGCUUCUAUAUAUAUGCUGGGAUCUUGGCCCUGCUGAACCUGGUCCAAGGCCUGGGCAGUGCCCUGCUCUGCGUGGACAUCAUCGAGGGCCUCUGCUGUGUGGACGUGACCACCUUCCUCUACUUCAGCUUCUUUGCCCCCCUCAUCUAUGUGGCCUUCCUCAAGGGCUUCUUUGGGGCCGAGCCCAAGAUCCUGUUCUCGUACAAAUGCCAAGUGGACGAGGCAGAGGAGCCCGACGUGCACCUGCCCCACCCGUACGCCGUGGCCCGCCGGGAGGGCCUGGAUGUGCCCGUGGGCUCCUACUCCAACACGCAGAUCGACACGGCCGCCUACCUGGACGACGUGGCCUCCAUGCCCUGCCACGUGGGCAGCAUCAACAGCACCGACAGCGAGCGCUGGAAGGCCAUCAACGCCUGAGGCCUCUCCCGGCCUUCUCUCUCCCCUCCAGAGAGGGCGGCUCUGGGCUCCCCGGCUUCUUCCUCCCCGAGAGCAGCCUCGCCCCAGGGCUGUCACCCCUCCCUGCCUUGGCCAAAGCGGCUGGGGGCCCUGGGAGAGGCCGGAGGCAGGGGCGGGGCCGGGGGCGCAGGCCCCAAGUGUAAUGUCUCCGGGGCUCGGGAAGCCUUUGCUUUGGGGGAGGAGAGGAAGCCGGAGGGAAAGAACAGGCUGACGGCCGGGGCUAGGAGACUGGGAGAGGGCAGCCCCGGGUACAGCAGCCCCGAAGGAGGGGGCAGAGGCCCGGAGCAAGCUAGGACAGAGCUGGCCAGAUGAAGAGGAGAAAAAGGCCCGCUGGGAGUGGGGGCCGUCUGGGAGAGAGCUCUUCGCCCCCGGAGCUCGAGCCUUCUGGGACUGGGCCGAGGUGGCGGCCGCUUGUAUGUCUGAGCCUGAGCUGGACCCUCUUUGGGACAAGUCUCCCCAUGCUGCUAAACCCAGGGCCCUGAGCCUCCCGGAGAGCCAGACAGCGCGGGCCGGGCCGGGGGCUGUGUCGGGAGGAGCUUCUUGGUCUCUUCUCUCCUUUGAGAGAAGCAGGACCCAGAGGAGUCGUGGGAGGGAGAGAGAGAGAGUGAGUGUGUGAGUGUGAGUGUGAGUGUGUGUGUGUGUGUGAGUGUGUGUGUGUG